AUGGGCCGUCUGAUUGUUAUUGGAGGACUGAGAGGGUGCAUUGAUAUGGGGAUAACACUUCAGUCUAUGGUGGUGAAAGCUAUUGCAAAUCAUCGCAAACGCAACCGUAGGAAUGAUCUCUUUAACCAAAUGGAGACAAAGCUUGAUGAACUCAGAAUAGGGCCGAUAAUACACAAGGAAGACGAUGAGACUUUUAAGAGAGGAUUUAUGUCAAAGAAGACAUGGUCCUUGAUCCAGGAAGUCAGUCCGCAGCAGCCUUGGUACCAUGGGAUUUGGUUCAAGCACUCAACCCCAAAGUAUUAUAUCCUUGCCUUGUUGACGAUCCGCAAUCGCCUAGCGAAGGGUGAUCGUAUGGUUUCAUGGAACAGGGACGCAAAUACAGUUUGUAGCUUAUUCCACGAUCCCAUGGAGACUCAAGACCAUAUAUUUUUCAGGUGCCGAUACACUAGCCUGGUAUGGAGGUCAUUAUGCGGAGGACUCCUUGCUGAACGGUUUACGUCAGACUGGUCGGAAAUCAUUCCCAUCAUCACUGUCUCUUCAAGCGAUGCUGUCAAAAUUUUCUGA